AUGGGAUUGAGCCAAGCCUACAACGUCACUCGAGGUAUCGGUUUGGUGGCGAAAGCGGCGGAGAGCGACCACCCCAACAUGUCUGGCACCUUGCCCACCUCGUCUCUCCCUCCGUCGUCCUGCAGCAUCGACGAAUCCUACAAGUAUGUCUUCUUGCCCGUCUGCUACUCGCUGACCUUCCUCUUCAGCCUCACUCUCAACUCAGUGGUGCUGCUGCGCUCCUGCCGCCACCAUGGCGGCUGCUGUGGCGCUGGUGGUAGCAGUGGUGGUGGACGACGUUGGAACACCUCGCUGACCUACAUGGUGAACCUGGCCACCACCGACCUGAUGUAUGGCCUUUCACUGCCCUUUCUGGUGGCAAGCUACAUGAUGAGGGACAGCUGGGUGUUCGGGGACUUCAUGUGUCGCCUCGUACGCUUCCUCUUCUACUUCAACCUCUACUGCUCCAUCUUCUUCCUCACCUGCAUCUCCGUGCACAGGUACUUGGGGAUCUGCCAUCCGAUGAGGACCAUCACUUUGGAGAGCAAGCGGGUGGUGAAGGGGACCUGUGCAUUGGUGUGGGUGGUGGUUUUCAUUCUCACCUGCCCCAUCUUCCGGUUCGCCCAGACUGGAUACGUCAGGCGAGGAGGCGGCGUAGUUGCCGGGCCCGGAGGGGCAAGGGACGGCGGGAACAGGACUGGGGAACAGGACGGGGAGGGGUACAUGAACUGCUGGGACGACGCCAUCGAUAAGGAGUUUGCUGACUACGUCCCGUAUGGCAUCGUCCUCCACCUGUUGGGCUUCUUCGUGCCCUUCGUCAUCAUCGCCUGGUGCUACUCUCAGGUGGUCAGGACGAUAUUUCAGACCCUGCGCUCCCCUCCCAGCUCGAUAGAGGGCGGUGAGGACGGUCAGGUGGGGGAUUGGGCAACAGAAGGAGUUAGAGAGCGGGAAAGAACCUCAGUCUCCAUCUCUGGCUCACAGUACUCCCACUACAUCCGUCGGCGGCGGAAAUCCAUCAAAACCAUCGUAACCAUCACGCUGCUGUUUGCGCUCUGCUUCCUGCCGUUCCACGUAACCCGGACACUAUUCCUGCUCCUGCGGCGGGGGCAGCUCGGCGGCUGCAACGCCAUGAAGACCGUCUCCAUCUGCUACAAGGUAACCCGACCGUUAGCCUCCUGCAACGCCUGGCUCAAUGCCCUCCUCUACUUCCUGACGGGGGAUAAGGGCGCCCCCUGCUGCUGGCCAGUAGAACACACAGUCCGCCGGGACCGCCGGAAUGGCUCCCUCUGGUGGCCGCUGAAGAUCCUAAAGAAGGAGGGGGUGGGAGAGGACGAUCAGGAGGCGGCUGAGAAGGUUGAAAGAGAAGUGCACAUGGAGAAUGAGUCGAAGUCUUCGAGGGUAAUCUUCUAG